CGGUUCUUCGGAGUCAUCACCAACGGCUGGAACCUACACUUCACCCCCACCACCGAUACGCGUACCUACUUUCUUCACAAAGACUCUCCCCACCAGAAUUGGUCUCCGGAUCUUUUCCUCUUCUACGUGUGUGUAUGAAAAGGACGACAUGCGAUCGAUCUUCGCAAACUUUGAACUAUUACCGAGUGACGGGCGUAGGCGAAUACGGCACUGCGAAAUUUGGGGAAAGCUGCGAGCAGGAUUAUCAUUGCAUCCAAAACGCUUUUUGCCUAGCCCAAAGCACCUGCCGAUGCGAACCGCGUUAUCUACCCAUUCCAGACUUCAGCGCCUGCAUUCCAACCAUCGGUCUUCAUUGCAGUAGCAAUGUAAACUGCACGGGCAUGUCUAAUGCGGAAUGCAAACAAAAUGUUUGCGCUUGCAAGGAAGCCUUCACGGUUGAUAUAUCGAACUCCUCAAAUUGCCUUCCAAGGCCCGUAGCGGAAAAUGAUCGUUGCCAAAGGAAUGACGAUUGCACCGAUUCUCUGCAGCGUGCUUUGUGCAUAAAUGGUCUUUGCCAAUGCUUGACUAGCCACCAUUUCACCUUGACGACCGGAACAUGCGUCAAAUCUUCAGGCGUGUUGGACACCUGCGAGGCGGAUUAUCAGUGCUUUUCGCCUGAUAAAGCUGAUCCAGAUUUGCUCGAGUGCAGAGAAAGACUUUGCAAAUGCAGGCCUGGGAAAUCAUCGAAAUAUUGCAACGGAGCCUCGAGCAAUUCUGCAACAAUGCUGGCGGUCGUGUUUUUGUUCUUUACAAAAUAUCUGACGUAAUUAACUUGUCUUCUCUUACCAUACUUCUCUACUUUGGCAACUCCGAUGAAAAGCGUCGAAGAUUGCC